CACUCUUGAAAACCGAUAUAUCCACAAGUAAAAGUUCAUUUGCGGGCAACAUUGCUGGAAUUUCAAAGCCUAGCUCUGGUAUUUCUGGUGAUAACUUCAACGUCGCCGGGCCAGGGACAGUUUUCUUGAGGGGUAGGCCGUCUGGACUCUAACCCCGGCCCUUGUCUACGCUCAGCCGUUUAAAUAAUCGUACAAUUUUUCCGGGGCACAUCCCACCGAAGUUUGAGUAAACUUCGCGUGGAAUCGAGCGGGCGGCGCUGAGACCGACACCGGUGGACCCGCCCACGGAUCGAACCGGAACAACACGGUGAACUGAAAACACCGCACGCGGAAUCUACCCGUCUUGCGGUGGUAGCCUACAGGAAAUCCUUCGGACAGGGAUAGUGCUCUGCAUUUUGAAGGCAAAAUGCCGGGGGGAAAGAUGCUCAACAUCACUAUACAAGGGCCCGGGCCGUGGGGAUUUCGUCUUGCCGGGGGAAAGGAUUUUAAUACGCCACUUUACAUUUCAAAGGUAACAACAGGAGGGAAGGCGUCUAACAGUAAUGUUCUCAUGAACGACUGCGUGACGGCGAUCAAUGGCAUGGACACGGAGAGCAUGACUCAUCUAGAGGCUCAGGGUGCCAUCAAGAACGCUGUGGGCAAUUUGUCACUCAAAAUCAUGAGGGGUGAGGCCACUCUCUGGAAGCCAAAGAUUGGGAGGGACGAGACGGACGCUGUCACCAACGUGUCUCUGCAAGCUGACAAACAGAAGUUCACCCACGCUGGUGCCCGCCACAAUCAGACUGCCAAGCCCUUUGGGUCGCCGGGCGCCGGUGGAGGUCUAGGCACGGCCACCGUGGUCCACAAACAGUUCAACUCUCCGGCGGGGAUCUACUCGGCCGAGAACAUCGCUGAUAGCUUCAAGGGGCAGACUGAAGGGAUGAUCGCGGGGCACGUUGGAGCGGAGAUCACACCGGCCUCCCAGGGCUACAGUCAGCCAGCCAAGGCCUACACCCCAACCUACCAGGAGCCGCCAACCUACAACCCCGGCCAAGCCAGCGCCCGGUACAUCGACAAGCCGGACGAUGAGGAGAUGAAAUAUUCCGGCUUCAUCAACCCAGGAUCCCAGUCACGCUCCUUCAAGAUGUUACAGACCAUGACGGCGGAUGAGGAGGCUAACAUGCCCGCUCCUCCCUCUGGAGUGAGAAGUGUCAAGGCUCCAGUGGCUGUCUCAGGCGGUAGUAAGCCAGCGCCUACGCUACCCAUGUGUGUCCGCUGCAACCUUGGCAUAGUUGGUCCGGUACUCAAGGCCAAAGAUAAAACGCUGCAUCCAGAAUGCUUUACUUGCUAUACCUGCAGUAACUCCCUCAAAAAUAAAGGAUUUUUCACCGUUCAAGGAAAAGAGUACUGUGGGAACUGUGAGAGACAAGCACGCAUCGAUGCUUCACCUGGGCCACAAGGAAGCUACACCAAUGGAUCAUCAACUGCGGCCCAUCACCCCGCAGCUCAUCAACAUAGCGGACCCCCUCCGCCUCCGCCACUAGCUCAUCAGCGGAGCGGACCCCCUCCGCCAGCAGUUCAUCAAUAUAGCGCACCUCCUCCGCCAGUUGUUGACAAACCGAGACAGCCACGCCCGUCUCCUGUCAAGCCACCGCCUCCCAGGCCGCCUGUGAUACCAAUGUACAGAUCCCGGUUCCAGCCUCCCAAGAGGGAAGAUCCCAACGCCAUCAUUGCCAAGGCUCUUUCCCAGAACCCAGGAGCGGUCAAGUCAUGUCAGGGUAUCGUGCCUAUUUUCACAGUAGACGAAACGGUAAAACACGAAAUAAAAAUGGGGCCCGAGAGCCCCACGAGUCCUCUACAGAGAUACCCACGGGAGCCAGGUGCUCCAGAUGACGGUGUCAAAGUGAUGUUCCUUCCUAGUAAUAUGGCUGGCAAACAGGCUCCAAGUCAGAUCGCCAGCCAGGCCCGUAGCAACCCGGUAGCCCGCCCAAUGAGCAGCCAAGUACCAAGAGCUCCAGGUCCCCCACCCGCCCCAGCCUAUGCCAAAUCCUCCCCUCGCCCGGCCCCCAUGAGUAAGCCAGCGUACCAGCAACACCCCCCUGCCCCAGCGGCAUCAGCAGGGGGCGCGGGGGCAGCGGGACGCACCCCGAUGUGCGACGGUUGUGACAGCAUGAUCAGAGGUCCGUUCGUGUCUGCCGUGGGCCGUAAUUGGCACCCUGAGCACUUCGUCUGUGCUCACUGCCAUCAGAACCUCUCCACCCAGGGCUUCGUGGAGCAGAACGGUAAGGUGUACUGCGAGAGGGACUUCAACAGCCUGUACGCACCCAAUUGUGCCAUCUGCAACAGGCCUAUCUCCCAAGGGGGCUGCGUCCAGGCCAUGGGUAGCCAGUACCAUUCUGAUUGCUUUGUCUGUCAUCAUUGCAAAGACCCUAUCACUGGGACUUCCUUCCAUAUCAGCGAGGGCAAACCAUACUGCAAGAGAGACUAUCAGAAACUGUUCUCUGUUCGCUGUGCCGCCUGUAACUACCCAGUUGAGCCCGGUGAUGCCUGGGUGGAGGCGCUGAAUAAGCAGUGGCAUUCCAACUGCUUUACCUGCUCCAAUCCGUCAUGCGGAGUUCCUUUAGAAGGCCAAGCCUUCUACGCAGAUCGAGGACAACCGUACUGCAAAAUGCACGCUCCAUAGGAAACACCUACAGAAACAAGACAGGACAACAGACAAACAGAUGGGGAUAGACCAACUAGCUAGAAUUUGGGAAACAACCCGGUUUUUGCUAAGUUCUUUGGUGAACCAUAGUGAAAGAAGAGCAAGGCUGUAGGUGUUGGCAAUUUUUUCUUGUGCAUUGGGUUGCAUCUGAAAACUCAGAACAGAGUUGUAACGAGUCACUGAUUUUUGUGACUCGAGUCGAGUCGAGUCAUUUUAAAGAAGUGACUCGAGUUGAGUCGAGCCAUUUUAAAGAAGUGACUCGAGUCGAGUUGAGUCGAGUCAUUACGUCAAGAAAGUUGAAUCGAGUCAAAUAUUAAACUCAAGUCAAUUCGAGUCACGAAUAUUUGAACACUAUAUUCCAAAAUUUAUGAAAGGAGGGCAUAGGCCUACAUCUAGCUGGCGUUCGAAUCCAAGAGCUUUAUAAGAAAUCGCCCAAAGCCAAUGAUGAAACAAUGAAUCGGAAAAUGUGUUUAAAAUCUGGUUCCUGGAUAGUAUUUUGUGCGUUCUAGAACCAUGAGGUGGGAGUCUGUGACACAUUGUAUGUUUGUACAUGACAAGCGGCUGCUGUACCGUACUGUUUUCGCAAAGUGACGUGAACAUACCUUUUGCACCGUAAGUCAUUGCAAAUACUUUUCGUAAUGUUUUGCUUUCAUUUUUGGGACUCGAGUCUUAUUAGCCUUCCUCGAGUCAAGUUUUCUGAU